AUGGCGUCCCAGGAUGGCCUACGCAGGGGCCGUGGAGGCACACGCCUGAGCCUCCAUUUCCUGAUCUGGCUUCAGCUUCUUCAGCCCCUGCUCAGUGAGGCCGGGAGUGGACAGGGCAGGGCGGGGCGGGGCUGCGCCCACGCUGGGUGUGGGGUGGCAGUGGGGGUGCUGUGGGAACAGGCAGACGCGGAGGAGGCGCCGCCAGGCCAGCUCCUGUUUGUCACGGGUCCCCGUCUUCACCAGGUGAGCCUCCAGACCGAGGACAAACACCUCUGCGGAGCCUCCCUCAUCGACAGGCGCUGGGUGCUCACUGCUGCCCACUGUGUCUUUAGUGAUUUGGAAUACAAGGUGAAGCUGGGAGACACUAACUUGAAUGCUGGUUCCGAAAACGCACUGGUGAUCCCUGUUAAAGACAUCAUUUUUCCUAGCAAUUUUGAUUUUGCCAGUUUGACAAACGACAUUGCCCUUGCUCUGCUUGCCUACUCUGUGAAUUAUUCCUCACACAUCCAGCCUGUGUGCCUCCCCAAAGAGCUUUUUGAAGUGGAAACUGGGACAGAGUGCUGGGUGACUGGAUGGGGCCGAAUGUCAGAGAGUGUUUCAGGAUCAGGGCCAUUUGUUCUUCGGGAGGCUGAGCUAAACAUUCUGCGUCAUGAGCAAUGUCGUGAGAUGAUCAAGAAGAAGAGUGUAGCCAAGAGUAAAAUGGUCACGAGGGGGACCGUCUGUGGCUAUAAUGACCAAGGGAAGGAUUCCUGUCAGGGAGAUUCUGGGGGGCCCCUGGUCUGUGAAUUAAAUGGCACAUGGUUCCAGGUGGGGAUUGUGAGCUGGGGCAUUGGCUGCAGUAACAAAGGAUACCCUGGAGUUUACACAGAAGUUAGUUUCUACAAGAAAUGGAUUAUUCAUCACCUGAGACAAGCUUCCUGUCUGAAUUCAGCAGACUCCCUCAUCCUAGUCCUGUGUCUGAUGAUGCCCCUGGGCAUCCUGGUGGCCCCAUGA